CCGUUGCUCCUUGCAAAAGCGCCCGAGAGCAUGAAGAUCAACGCAGAAGAAAGCAGCGAAUCUGAGAACGAAACGGACGAGGAGGAAGAUGAGGAAGGAGGCCUGUCAGAUGAGUCUGCGAAAGAAUGCCUGAAAAGACUGGAGGCCGGACAGAAGGACUCUCAGGACAAGGAGCCAGCCCCGAGCCGAGGGCACAAGAGUCAGAGGAGCGAUGACCAGCCGGGGCUCUCCCUGAUUGACCUGGAGGAACAAACCGCAGAAGAAUGCGAGCCAGAGGAGACCAGGCAAAAAAGGAAGAGGAAACAUAGGCUGCUGUCCAUCAACCUAGUGAACUGCAAAUAUGAAAGUGUUAGGCGUGCUGCUCGGCGCUGUGGCCUGAAAGAAGUGGGGGAGGAUGAGGAGUGGACUGUUUACUGGACUGACUGCUCAGUUUCACUGGAGCGUGUCAUGGAAAUGAAGAGGUUUCAGAAAAUCAAUCACUUUCCAGGCAUGGCAGAGAUUUGCCGCAAGGACUUGCUUGCUCGCAACCUCAACCGAAUGCUCAAGCUCUUCCCCAAGGAGUACAGCAUCUUCCCACGCACCUGGUGUUUGCCAGCUGACUAUGGGGACUUCCAAGCCUAUGGGCGAAUGAGAAAAAACAGGACGUACAUUUGCAAACCAGACAGUGGCUGUCAAGGGCGGGGCAUCUUCAUUACCCGGAACCCCAAGGAAAUAAAGCAUGGCGAGCACAUGAUUUGCCAGCAGUACAUUACUAAGCCCUUCCUCAUUGAUGGCUUUAAGUUUGACAUGCGUAUCUAUGUCCUGGUCACCUCCUGCGACCCCCUGAAGAUCUUUGUCUAUGAGGAGGGGCUGGCCCGCUUUGCCACCAUGAGGUACAUCGAGCCCAACAGCAGCAACCUGGAUGACAUCUGCAUGCACUUGACCAACUAUGCCAUCAACAAGCAUAAUGAGAACUUUGUGCGGGAUGACAACACAGGCAGCAAGAGGAAGCUGUCCACCCUGAACGCUUGGAUGCGGGAGCACAGCUAUGACACAGCUGAACUGUGGCAGGACAUUGAGGACAUCAUAAUCAAAACACUCAUUGCUGCUCACCCAGUUCUGAAGCACAAUUAUCGCACUUGCUUCCCCAACCACAUCUCUGGUUGUGCCUGCUUUGAGAUUCUGGGCUUUGACAUCCUCCUUGACCGGAAGCUCAAGCCGUGGCUUUUGGAGGUCAACCAUUCCCCCAGCUUUACCACGGAUUCCCGUCUGGACCGGGAAGUGAAGGAUGCCUUACUCUGUGAUGCAAUCAAUCUCAUUAACCUGCGUGCCUGUGACAAGAAGAAGGUGCUGGAGGAAGACAAGAGGCGGGUGAAGGAGCGCCUCCUGCAGGCCCACCAGCAGCCCCGAGAAGCCAGGCGUGAACAGAUGGAGAGCAGCCAGGCCGCCUGGCUGGCCCAAGCCGAGAAAUACGAGAACAACCACCUGGGCCACUACCGGCGCAUCUUCCCCUCAUGUGGCACUGAAAAGUAUGCUCCUUUCUUCAAGCACAGUGGAUCCCUCUUCCAAGAGACUGUGGCCUCCAAGGCUAGAGAAGAGUGUGCCAGGCAGCAGCUGGAGGAGAUCCGCCAGAAGCAGGAGCAGAGGGAGAGCACGGCUGGGAGGAAGAAGAGGGAAGUCAAGGAAAGCUUACAGGGGGAAUCGGCUGGAGAGAAGUCCCAGGAGAAGAGCAAGGGCAAGGCUGCCUUCACCCGAAUGGCAUACAGCCACAGCAAGACCUGGAGCCCCAAGAUGCCCUCCUUGCCGUAUGACAGCAUGACUCCACAAGCCAUAGUGGAGGAAGAGGAAGUAGAGAGAGUCAAGGCCCUCCUGCGGCGAGAAAAUCUCAUCCGGGGACUGGGCAUUGUUGACCAGCUGACCCGCCUGCUCCGCAGCACCGAGCCAAAGCCCAUGGAAAUCCAGAGGCCCCAUAUCAACAUCUCAGAGAGCCAGCCUCAAUUUCUCCAGGAUGUGUUUAAUAACUACAACACCCAGGACCUGAUGACCCUCGUCCCCCUCUCCCUCCUGAGGGGCUCUGCCCAGGAGCUUGGGCACCAGAUCAUGCAGCAGCAACCCACAGCACGAGUCCAGUUGCUGGGAAACCAAGGCUUCAUCCCAACUAUUCUAGGAGCCCUGUCAGGCUUUGGCCCCCCUCACGAGCCACAGCUCCACCUCCAGUCAUCCAAGAACAUGAGCUGGCUUGGCACCGCCAUGGUGGGCGAACCCUGCACUCUUGCUCGGAUGCUGAAAGCAGGAGGGCGGCGCUUUGCCAGUGCCAAGAAGAAAGCAGAAGGCAACAGCCCUUCUUCCAGCAAGAGACCCUUGUACAUGAGCUCCGGCUCCCUGAAUUGCCUGUCCCACAGUGGAAAAGCACCGGGCACCAUAUACAGCAGCUUCCCCUUCCCGUCUGUAGCAGCCCCUCUCAACCGCGCUGACGUGCACGGACUGGCCAUCAACUCUGCUUCAGCCCCCCUCAUCCGGCGUGGAAGUCCCCACCGCUCCACCAAGGUGGUUGCAUUGCAUCUCAACCAACCCAGGUAGAAAGGAACUUGACUUGAAAUCUCAGCGGAUUAUUGGAGCCCAAAGAACUGGGGCUGGGGGGCACCUACUACUGAGUCUUGCGCCAGGAGGGGCACCAGCGGAGAACGAAUCUCUGCCAUGGAUGCAUCCAGACACCUGCAUCUCUUUCAGCCAUUCUCCUGAAAGCGUCCACAUCCACAGAGCUGUGUUUCCCCUCCAGCCAACAGCCAGUUCUGAGAACAGUUUUAUGCACUUUAGUUGUAUCCCUCCCAUGUGCUCUCUGCAUGCCAGGUUCCCGUUGCAGAUGCCAGUCAGGCUGCCCAAGCCCUGGGACAAUUCUUGAAAAGCCCUAUGGGCUAGGAAAGGGGUUUCUUUUGUAGCCAACUUUAUAUUAAAGUUUUAUACAGUUCUACCCGCUGGGGUUGGUCUGUCCUUUCACUUACAAGGCCCACCCUGUCAUUUUUGUAGGAACCCUGACGGUGGAUCAGGCAAGCUGUCUAGUUCAACCUCCUGCAGAGCUUGAUAAGGGCAACAGUUUUAUUAUUAUUGUUUUAUCAAAUUUAUGUCUCUUUCCAUCCACGCAGCCCUAUGCUUUUCACAGUUGUUGGCUUUACAUUUCAUGAUUUAGCUACUCUUUCAAAGCUUUCCAUGCUGGCGGUCAUCUUGUAAAAAAGGAUUCACCGAAUCUUAUGCUGUUAAGCUUUGUUAGAUGACUGUUGCUGCUAAUUGGUGUGUCAAUGCUUAAUUUAGGAUUUGCAGGAUAGAUACCAAAGAACAAGAACACCAAGAGAAACACCAGGACAGUGACAAGCUUUGAAGAAAUUUUAUGAAGAAAUUGUCCCCGAAUGUACUCACAGUGCCAGGGAAUCCCUCCUUAAUCUGCCAGGUGAGCCCAAACAGCAAGAACAACUCACCAAGGGGUUACUUUUGUUGGGCAAGUUUUACAGUCCUGCAAUCUCUCUUUUCCUCUCCACCCCUGGAGUUGCUCAAUUUAGGCAUCAGCAAAGGGAGGUUAGAUAUUAAUGAGGAUUAAGUAUCUGGCAGGCCCUGGGCGGCUGCUAUGACAAAAGAGGGGAAUAAUGAUCUCAUUGGGGCUAGAGCUGGAAGUUUGUUAUCUCACAGCUGGCAAGAGUAAAUAGGAAGGGCUAGCUUGUCUAAGCAGCCUCUUCCAGAUGUUAAUUGGAAAAUGCAGGUCAAUCCCAACCCUCCUCCAUUUUUCCCUAGAGUGCUAAGGGCAGGGGUGGAUUUUGUUCCUUAAACAAGGCCCCGGAAGCUGUUACUGUUGAGGUCAACUCCAGAGUUUAUAGACCACGGAGGGAACUGAAAACCAGGUCUCUCUAAGGGGAGACCAACUUCCCUUUGCCCAGUCAAGCAAAAUGCUUCAUCUAAGUUAGCCAGAAAAAUAACUAGUGCUUGAACCCCUCUUCCUAAAGGGUUUUAGCUGGACAACGCAGAUGCUGAUGAGCUUUCAUCCAUUCUGCCAGUGGAUACAAGAGGCUUUUCAGGCAAAAAGGAAAGCAAAGAGUAGCUUCACCUGCACAGAGAUGGUGUUUUCCAGGCCGGGCCCUGUUUUUCCCCAGAUCAGCUGCCUGGCAGCCUCUCUCUGGGAUGUGGCAUGAGGUCACUUUGAUCACUUCUCUUAGGGACACCAUUCUGCCCCUAAUGGGCACAGGGUGGGGGCGAGGAACUUCCUUUCCAUUCUUCGUUUUUUAUUGUCCAGCCAAUAAGCGAUCCGGCAGAAGAUCGGUGUCCUCUGCCUGUUUCCUUAGCUUGGAGCCCUGCAACUGAAGCCUUGUGCUACGGCCUCCUUACCCACCUGUUGUGGCAAACGGGACAAAAAUUAAAUAUACGGCUGGAGAACAAUCAAAUGAUAUUUGGGUAAGGCUCAAUCAAAACUCCAGCCAAGCUUUGUCCUGACGCUACUGUCACUCUCCGGAGGCGUCCCAAAGACAGACUUCCAGCCAGACAAAACAGAUUGGCCUCUCGGGACUUUCAAAUGGCUUAUUAACAUCGGACGCGUGUACAAACACGUUAAAUGCAACAUAAACCAUGGAACCAAGAGCUACACCGUAAAGCAACACGGAAUCCCCAACUCAUCCAGCCCACCCAGUUCGCGCAAGAUCCGCCGCCUGCUCGGGGCGGGUUCCGGCGCCCCGCCUCUGCGGACCCCCUCUCGGAGGCCGAGGCGCGGCCAGGCUGCAAAGGCGCUCCGCCCCGCCCCAAGCGGAAGCCGCCCCCGGCCUCGGGAGCCAGAAAGGCGGAAGCGGAGAACUGCAGGACGCCGCCCCCGGGGCGCCCCCCGCGAUCUGCUCCUCCGCCGGGUUUUGCGGGCGAUUCCGGAGCAGCGGAGGCGCAGGGGCGCAG